CCGCCACUAAGUAGUGUCCUCUCCAAGGUUGCAGUGAAGUUUAAAACUAUGCCUUGCUGAUAAACUUUUAUCUGGACUUCUCUCAAUAAUUGGACUGGUAAAGUGGAGCCAAUGUGUGAAAGACCAAUAAAGUCUUGGUCUUGGUCCUGGUCGCCUGGUUCUGUCUUUUGACAAAGUUCUCCGUUUGCUUGUGGAAUGAUAAUGAAGAUAGGAAAAGAAGAGAGCUGAACUUUGGAACCUGAGAUGACUGUUAUGCUGAUGAAUUGAGCCUCUACAAUGUGGUUAAGUUGAGCUACUUGGAAAUUAAUCAUCGAAGUUUUCUUCGCCAGACUUACAGAAAGUAAGAAACCAGAGGGAAGAGUAUGGUUUACAUCAUCCCUCGCAAGUUCAAGAAGUUUUAUGAUACAUGGAAUGUCCAAACCUUUAUUCUGUUUAGCCUUUCACUACAGACCAUUCUAAUUCUGUGUGCACCGUCAAGAAAGCGAACAGGAAAUGUAAUAGUAACCUGGUUGAUCUGGUCAGCUUACUUGCUUGCCGACUGGGCUGCUAACUUUGCAGUUGGACUUAUUUCCAACAGGCAAGAUGACACUUCGGGCAAAGCUGGAGGCCUUGAAGAUCGUUAUGACAUUCUGGCAUUUUGGGCUCCCUUUCUUUUGUUACACCUUGGAGGUCCAGAUACCAUAACUGCUUUUGCUCUGGAGGAUAAUGCCCUCUGGCUGAGGCACUUUGUUGGGCUUGCAACUCAGGUUGCUGCUGCUUUUAUUGUCUUUGGGCAAUCACUUCCCACAAACAAACUAUGGGUUCCUACUGUCCUCCUGUUUAUUGCUGGAACCAUUAAGUAUGGUGAGAGAACACGUGCUUUGUAUCUUGCAAACCUGAACAAAUUCCGUGAGUCGAUGCUUAAACCACCUGACCCGGGGCCUAACUAUGCAAAGCUCAUGGAGGAAUAUGCUUCAAAGAAAGAAGCCAAACUUCCAACUCAUAUGGAAAUGAUUGGAGAACCCAAUAAAGAAUCAAAGGCUGCACUUUUUGCUGAAGAUGUAGGUGACCUGAAGGAUGACGUUGUGGUUGUGGGGCAUGCUUAUCGCUUCUUUAACAUCUUCAAGGGUCUCAUCGUGGAUCUCAUCUUCAGCUUCCGUGAGCGCCAUGACAGCCGUCUAUUUUUCCAGAAAAGAGAAUCAGAAGAGGCAUUUAAAGUAAUAGCAGUUGAACUCAACUUCAUCUAUGAAGUUCUCUAUACUAAGGUUGUUGUGGUGCAUUCAAUUUUAGGAUUCGUAGUCCGAUUUAUAUCCUGGAGUGUGAUUGUGGCAGCCCUCUUGACCUUCUAUUCAAUUGAUAAGAAAGGUUUUCAUAAGAUCGAUGUUAGAAUUACCUAUACCCUGCUGUUUGGUGCUAUAGGCUUGGAUACAGUUGCUCUCUUUAUGCUUAUUUUCUCUGAUUGGACUGUUGCUAGUGUCAAGAAGUCUAUGGAAAUUAGCUUCAUACGACCUAUUGCCAAAUUCGUUUGCAUUCCCCUCAGGUACUAUCUAUCUUUUAAGAGGAUAAACUGGCCUCCUCAAGAGCCUCAACAGAGUUCAGAGACUCCAGAGUCAAUAAAUUGCUUAGACUGGGUUAGAAGAAUCCUAUUCAGGAGGUGGUCUGAAUAUCUCUAUACAUACGACUUCAUAGAAUAUUGCCUGAAAGAACGUCCAAAAACCACGUCCCUUAAUGUCUUUGAUUACUUGUGGUGUUUUUUGAUUUGUGUCAUCGAAACUUUUGGCCUUAAGGAUUUCUAUGAUAGGAUGAGAUAUGUGUCGAAGAAGCCAUGUACCAAAGAGCUAUGGAAUUUCAUCUUUGAACAGCUGAAAGAGAAAUCCACACUUGCAGAUGAUCCUGAAACUGCCAAGAGGAUAUGUGCAGCUAGAGGUGAUUGGAUUCUUCAGGAUAGUAAUUGGAACAGUGAUAGCACUAACUUAAUGUCUUAUGUUGUGGAUGUUGAUUAUGAUCAGAGCCUUAUGUUGUGGCAUAUUGCUACUGAACUCUGCGAUACGAUGGAAGAAGUUGACAAACGUACUCCAAAAAGUAAUCGUGAAAGCAGUGAAACAGUCAACAAUCCUGAUGGUGGUCGUGAGUCAGUAAAUUCUGAAGUUUGUCGUGAAAUCAGUAAGACCCUCUCGGAUUACAUGUUAUAUCUUCUAGUUAUGCAGCCUACCAUGAUGUCUGCUGUGGCAGGUAUUGGACAAAUUAGAUUCCGAGAUAGCUCUGCAGAGGCCAAAAAGUUCUUUAGCAGAAGGGACCUUAAAGGUGGGGGACAUAAAGAGGCCAGUCAAACACAGGAACAUAUGGAGGCCCGUAAAACACAGGAACAUAUGGAGGCCUGUAGAAGACUCCUUGAUAUAAAUACAGAUGUUCCACCUGUUGCUGUGAAGGGAGAUAGAAGCAAAUCUGUCUUGUUUGAUGCAUGUAUUCUGGCCAAAGAGCUGCAAAAGUUGCCGAAACCAAAUAGAUGGAAGCUAUUGAGUGAAGUGUGGGUGGAAUUGCUGUCAUAUGCAGCAGGUCAUUGCCGGGCCAAUACUCAUGCUGCUCAACUUAGUAAAGGAGGUGAGCUUAUCACUUUUGUCUGGUUAUUGAUGGCACAUCUUGGCAUUGGGGAGCAGUUUCAAAUAAAUGAAGGCCAUGCAAGGGCAAAACUGAUUGUGGGAAAGUAAACUGAAUAAAUUGGUGAAUUCAAUGUUUGUAGGAAAUUAGGAAUGAAACUUUCUAUGUAGAACUCUGUUCUUUUCAAUAUGGGGGAUGAGCAUAAGAUUUUAUUUCACUUUUGUUUACUUCCAUAGGAAUGGAGAUGUUUGUAAUGUUGUAUUAAAACACUAGUACUUCUUGUGUUCUUGCUGCUAAAUUUAUUUCAAGAAUGCUUCCCAUCA